UUCUAUCAAAUCUUGCUACUUUUUGCUGAAUGAAAGGGAAAAAGGUCAUGGUCCAAAAAGCAGCUGAUCCCAGUUUCUUUCUGUUUUUGGCAUGUAACCUUCCCUUUCUGGUACUGGGAACUGCCAUUCAGGCAAAAAAGGUCAGCAAGCUGACCACCUGUAAUAUCUUUGUGAUGGAAAACCAGUAACCUCCUUACAUUCCUACUUUUCUCAGACUCUCUGAGGUCACAUUAAUUGCAUCUCUUCACUAUAUAUUCAUGCGUGAUUCACAAAGAAAAAAAGGACCCAAGAUAGAGUUUUAUCUGAUUUCAAACACCAUUUAUCUGAUUUGCCUCAGAGGCAUCAAUGGAUGGAAAGGGCAGUGAUAGAUUCCAUUUGAAUGAGGUAAAAGUGCAGACAGUUGGGAGGGGCUUGAAUUCUAGUUUCAUUUCAAAUUCUACUGCUGUUGAUCAAGGGGAUGGGGAUUUGCAUCUUGGGUUUUGUUGUGUGAGUGAACCAGCUGAGGUAGGGAAGUAUAUGUGCACAGACGGGUGUCUUUACCAAAAGCUGUCGUUGAAUGGAAAAACAUCAGGAAAGGGUAUGCUUUUAUGGCCCCCUGGUGGAACCUACUUGGGUCAUUUUCUUGGGUGUUGUAUGCAUCAGUAUGGUUGUUAUGUAGUCGGUGAUGGGCAGAGCAAUAACAGGCAGAUGGCGACGAAUCAGAAGCAUGGGUUUCAGAAGAAGAGAUAUAGGAAUGGAGCUGUCUGUGAAGGUUGGUGGAGAAAGGGAGUCUUCUAUGGGUGUGGUAGAUAUGGACAGAGUGGUGGGGAUAUGUAUGUUGGGCAAUGGAAGAAAGGGCUGAUGUGGGCAUUGGGUUGUGAAUAUUGCAGGCAGUUGGGUAACAGAUUACAGCAGAGUCAUGGAGUCUUCAAUUUUGCAGGCAGCGUUUCUUUCUAUCGUAGAUGGAAGAAAGGUGGAAUUUUCAGGAAGGCUGGGCUUUAUACUCCAUGUGUAAGUUUGGAACCAUCAAAAUCAAAUGCUCAAACUGUUGUUUUUCGAUCGGAGGGUGUUGCGAAGAUGGAAUUGGUGGAUGGUAAAUGCAGGUGUAUGUGUUGUUACUGUUCGGGGCAUUUCUUGGGUAGUUUAUGCUGCAGGUUUGAGGAUGUUGUUGGGUUUUCUGAGAAUUACUGUGAUUUGAAGUCUGCAGUUCCAAAUCUUCCAAUCACAGACUGUGCAGAUGACCUUUUGGCAUCUGAAUUGCCGGUAUUUCAGCCUGUGGAUGAUCAGAAGAGACCAGGAGAAGUGAUCUGUAAGGGCCAUAGGAGUUACAAACUGGUGCGCGUUUUGCAGCUUGGAAUCAGGUAUUUUGUGGGGCAGAACAUGGACUCACCAAAACAAGAACUUUCCGCCGAUGACUUCAGAUUCACUACAAGUACUCAGAUACUUGUACCAUCCGAUGGUUCAGGACAUUCUACGGACAUGUUUACCGAUUUUACGUGGAAAGAUUACUGCCCAGCAGUUUUCAGGCAUCUUCAAGAGUUUGACAAAAUUGAUACGUCCGACUACAUGCUUUCUGUCUGUGGCAAUGAGACAUUACGGGAGUUAACUUCGCCGGGGAAAAGUGGCUGCCUUCUGUAUCUGUCCAAUGAUGAUAGAUUCGUGAUAAAGACCAUGCGCAAAUCCGAAAUGAAGGUGCUCUUGGAAAUGCUACCGAACUACUACCACCAUGUAAAAAGAUACAGGAAUACUCUCUUGACUAAAUUUUAUGGACUUCAUGUUGUCCAGCCAUCUGGAGGCCGUAAGGUCCACUUUGUUGUGAUGGGGAACAUAUUCCGUUCAGACCUGCGAAUCCACAGGCGCUUUGAUCUCAAAGGCUCAUCGCAGGGCCGUUGUGUCAACAGAGAGGGAGUCGAUGAGAGCACCACAUUCAAGGAUCUUGACCUCGAUUUUUCCUUUCAACUCAAUCCAUCAACACGGCACCAGCUCCUGAAGCAAAUCAAGCAUGACUGUGGCUUCUUGGAAGCGGAGGGCAUCAUGGAUUAUAGCCUCUUGUUGGGAGUACACAGUCUGGUGGUGUCUGCUCACAGUUCUCCUACGAAAGAAUCAGCUGAUGGAAGAACCCUCACGAGCAGGACAUCACUCCGAUGCGACUCUUUGAAGAACUGCACAGAUCAAGAGACAGGAUGCAACUCUUUGAAGAACUGCACAGAUCAAGAGACACGAUGCAACUCUUUGAAGAACUGCACAGAUCAAGAGACAGGAUGCAACUCUUUGAAGAACUGCACAGAUCAAGAGACAGAUCCCUGCAAUGACGUGCCAGAGACUUGUCCUAUACAGCCUGAUCCUAAGCUUGGUGUGCAAAUACCAGCACGUGCUAUCCAUAUUUGCAUGAGCGAAACUGGCAGCGUCUCGUCACACCGGAGAGCAGCAGACGGGGAACCUCACAAUGUGGUGUUGUACUUUGGAAUAAUAGACAUUCUUCAGGGAUACAGCAUGCGCAAGCGCAUUGAGCAUGCUUACAAGUCUCUGCAAUUCGAUCCACAAUCAAUCUCAGCCGUCAAUCCCAAGCUUUACUCGAGCCGUUUCCAGGAUUUCAUGUCCAAAGUAUUCCCAGCGAGGGAUCUAUGCCGCUAGAAGCAGUAAUCAAAUAUCUUAGGAGGGAAAAGAAAAAAGAAGUGAAUGUCAACAACAUCCUUUGGAGAAUUUCAUAGUAAUAUGGAAAUAUUUUCAUUCCAUUAAUUGCAGUAAUAAGGGGAUGGCCUACUUAAAGAAUUUCGGCGUAAAGACACAUUGCAAUGCUGCUUCUUGAAGACAAUUUACGCCUUCCAAAGGUGCAAGAGAGUUUAUAUCUACUGCUCGAGGUAGAAUCCUAGCCUAAACCCUUUGUAUCUGAUUUCAGUACUAAAAUAGUGUCUAUUCUAAAUUUACGAGGUUAGGAAGAUAGAUUAUAAUCUUUAAUCUUGCUCAAGUAAUAAGGACUCAAAGGAGAAAAAUACUAAAGGAGGAGAGAAGAUUCUCCUAUGAGUGCUAAAUGGGCUAAGAUUCUCCUGUAAGUGAUUCUUGAUGAAUGGUCAAUACAUUGUAUAGUUUUGGAACAUACAUGGGUAGUGUUAAUGUGGCUUCUUUUUGUGGAUACAUAUACAUGUCAUUAUGAACAUACGUGUAAUUAAUGUUAUGGUGGACAAAAGGGCAGCAUGGGCGGAGUAGUCGACCC